ACCCGCGCGGACCGGGGCGCUGUGGCGCAGGCUCGUGCGGGCGCGCACGGCGGCUCCCCAGGACCCGGCCAGCAGGACUGUCUGGCCCGUGGAGCUGGCGCCCGGUGAGCGGCGGGGACGAGAUUAAACGAUUUAACUGAAGACAAAGCAUUCUAUUCCUCAGAGACUGGACAAGAGUUACUCUUGCUUUUGGCAAUUAAAGAUGAUGUUGUCAUGGAAACAGUUGAUCCUGCUUUCGUUCAUUGGCUGCCUAGGAGGUGAGCUGCUCUUACAAGGCCCCGUGUUUAUCAGAGAGCCCAGCAACAGCAUUUUCCCUGUUGGUUCAGAGGAUAAAAAAAUAACUUUUCAUUGUGAAGCAAGAGGCAACCCUUCACCUCAUUACAGAUGGCAGCUAAAUGGAAGUGAUAUUAAUCUGAGUAUGGAAUAUCGUUAUAAAUUGAAUGGAGGAAAUCUUGUGGUUGUCAACCCCAGCAGAAAUCGGGAUACAGGAAAUUAUCAGUGCUUUGCAACAAAUUCGCUUGGAACGAUUGUUAGCAGAGAAGCUAAACUCCAGUUUGCCUAUCUUGAAAAUUUUAAAACCAAAAUGAGAAGUACAGUGUCAGUGCGUGAAGGCCAGGGAGUCGUCCUACUCUGUGGACCUCCACCUCACUCUGGAGAACUAUCAUAUGCUUGGAUCUUCAAUGAAUACCCAUCAUUUGUUGAAGAAGAUAGUCGGAGGUUUGUUUCUCAGGAGACAGGCCACCUCUACAUAGCCAAGGUGGAGACAUCCGACGUGGGAAAUUACACAUGUGUGGUGACAAGUACGGUGACAAAUGCCAGAGUGCUGGGCUCCCCAACUCCUUUGGUUCUACGUUCUGAUGGUGUGAUGGGUGAAUAUGAACCAAAAAUAGAAGUUCAGUUUCCAGAAACUCUUCCAGCAGCUAAAGGUUCAACUGUGAAAUUGGAAUGUUUUGCUCUUGGAAAUCCUGUACCUCAGAUUAAUUGGAGAAGAAGUGAUGGACUGCCCUUUUCCGGUAAAAUUAAAUUGAGGAAGUUCAAUGGUGUCCUUGAAAUCCCCAACUUCCAACAGGAAGAUUCAGGGUCCUAUGAAUGCAUUGCUGAGAAUUCACGAGGAAAAAAUGUCGCCAAAGGGCGUCUCACUUACUAUGCGAAGCCUCAUUGGGUUCAGCUCAUAAAAGAUGUGGAAAAAGCAGUGGAGGACAGUCUUUAUUGGGAAUGCCGAGCCAGUGGAAAGCCCAAACCCUCCUACCGAUGGUUGAAAAAUGGAGAAGCCCUUGUGCUUGAGGAGAGAAUACAGAUAGAAAAUGGUGCCCUUACAAUAUCAAAUCUAAAUGUGACUGAUUCUGGCAUGUUCCAAUGCAUAGCAGAAAACAAACAUGGUCUCGUCUAUUCCAGUGCGGAACUCAAGGUUGUGGCUUCUGCUCCAGAUUUUUCAAAGACUCCAAUGAAAAAGUUGAUUCAAGUGCAGGUGGGCAGCACAAUCAGCUUGGACUGUAAACCCAGAGCCUCCCCUAGGGCACUCUCUUCCUGGAAGAAAGGAGAUGUGAUAAUGCAGGAGAAUGAAAGAAUUUCUCUUUUAAAAGAUGGAGGACUCAGAAUAGCCAAUGUGACUAAAGCUGAUGUUGGAACUUACACCUGCAUAGCAGAAAACCAGUUUGGGAAAGCAAAUGGCUCUACACACUUGGUUGUGACAGAACCAACGAGAAUAACUUUGGCACCAUCCAACAUGGAUGUCUCUGUCGGCGAAAGCGUCAUUUUACCCUGCCAGGUGAAACACGACCCCCUCUUAGACAUCAUGUUUACUUGGUAUUUCAAUGGGGCCCUCACAGAUUUUAAGAAAGACGGAUCUCACUUUGAGAGAGUUGGUGGGAGUUCAUCUGGCGACUUAAUGAUCAGAAACAUCCAGCUGAAACACAGUGGAAAAUAUGUUUGUAUGGUGCAAACAGGGGUGGACAGUGUUUCAUCUGCAGCUGACCUCAUAGUACGAGGUUCACCAGGACCACCAGCACAUGUGAAGGUAGAUGAAAUUACGGACACAACAGCCCAGCUCUCUUGGAAAGAAGGUACAGACAGCCAUAGCCCAGUCAUAUCCUACUCUGUCCAGGCAAGAACACCUUUCUCCGUGGGCUGGCAAACUACCACAACAGUGCCUGAGGUCAUUGAUGGGAAAACACACACAGCUACAGUAGUCGAGUUAAACCCAUGGGUGGAAUAUGAAUUUCGGGUUGUAGCCAGUAACAAAAUCGGAGGUGGAGAACCCAGUUUGCCCUCAGAAAAAGUAAGAACUGAAGAGGCAGUUCCUGAAGUGCCUCCUUCUGAAGUCAGUGGAGGAGGUGGAAGCCGGUCUGAACUGGUGAUCACUUGGGAUCCAGUCCCUGAAGAACUACAGAAUGGUGAAGGUUUUGGGUACGUUCUUGCUCUUCGCCCGCUUGGAGUUACCAGCUGGAUUCAGACAGUGGUCACAUCUCCGGAUACCCCAAGAUAUGUCUUUAGGAACGAAAGCAUCAUGCCAUUUUCACCAUAUGAAGUAAAAGUAGGUGUUUAUAAUAACAAAGGUGAAGGACCAUUUAGCCCAGUGACAACAGUGUUCUCUGCAGAAGAAGAGCCGACAGUAGCUCCAUCUCAAGUCUUUGCAAAUAGCCUGUCUUCCUCAGAAAUUGAAGUGUCAUGGAACUCCAUUCCUUGGAAGUUGAGUAAUGGACAUUUACUAGGCUAUGAGGUGCGGUACUGGAAUAAUGGAGGAGAGGAGGAAUCAUCAAGUAAAGUGAAAGUGGCGGGAAAUGAGACAUCGGCCAGACUGCGCGGCUUGAAGAGCAACCUGGCAUAUUACACGGCCGUCCGGGCUUACAACAGUGCUGGGGCCGGCCCCUUUAGUGCCGCAGUGAAUGCAACCACCAAGAAAACUCCUCCCAGUCAACCACCAGGAAAUGUUGUUUGGAAUGCUACAGACACAAAAGUGUUACUUAAUUGGGAGCAAGUUAAAGCAAUGGAGAAUGAAUCAGAAGUAACAGGAUAUAAAGUUUUCUAUAGGACUAGCAGGCAAAAUAAUGUGCAAGUACUGAACACAAAUGGAACUUCAGCUGAACUUUUGCUGCCCAUUAACGAGGACUACAUUAUUGAAGUUAAGGCCACGACAGAUGGAGGGGAUGGGACCAGUAGUGAACAGAUCAGGAUUCCAAGAAUGACCAAUAUGGAUGCAAGAGGUUCCACUUCAGCCAUCUCCAAUGUCCACUCUGUGUCAAGUUAUAUACCUAUAGUACUGUUCUGUAUUGUAAAUGCCCUGUGGUGAUAUUAAUUUUUUAAAAUUAUUUACUGGAAAGUUUAUUGGUUACAAAAAAAGUGCUUUCAUGAAAUGCAGUGAUUAUGCAUGUUUUUUUUCAACUCUGUAUUUUUAACUUUCUACAUAGAUAAAAUAUGAAUAUGAUUUAAAAAAACUAAAUCCUUUUAGGGGAAUCUAAAAUGCCUUAAUAUUUGCUUGAUAAACCAAAGGAAUUUACAUAGUACAUACUUCAGACUUUUGAUAUAUUCUUAAGCUAUGAUUUUAAGCACUGCCUAUAGAUACACACACACAUUUAUUUGUUUGUUUUUAGUGUAGAAAAGCUCAUUUAACCUAAAUGCUGUUUUCACAUUCUAACAGCAUUGUUUGGAAGACUUACUCAGUUUCCUUUGAAAUGCUCACUUGAAACACUCCAGGGUGAAAAUACAUUUCAAAAAUUACUCUGUGUCAAAGAGGAUAUAUACAUGAUUCAAAAGAAUGUUGGAAAAUGCCCCACUACUGGUCAGAAGAGCCUUUUUGUUCAGGUAUACUAUGGAGUAGUUGUAAAAUUCUUUACAAAUCACUCUGCUCUCUCUACUUCCCAAUUGCUCAUCUAUAAAAUGUGAAGAUAAUAAUAACCGUCUUAUCUGCCUCUGCCCCAUGAAUUUACUUGUUAAAAGAUGAAGAAGGAAAUAUGAAAGUGCUUUGUUACCCCAGUGUGAUGGACCUGUGCAAAAUAUUACUACAAAUUCAUUUAACCAUAUAAAAGUCAUGAGGACCAGCCACAUUUAUAAAGUUUGCAUUUGAUUCUAGGCAAUGUUCUCUUUUUCGUUUGGUGAGACUAUAAAUUCGAAAUGAUUGCAUUUUAUAUCAUUCCUCAAAAAAAUUUUUUUUAAAUUAAAAAGGAAUUAUUUCCUUCACACCUCUGAAUAGGCUUUCAGGUUUUAUUAAAACAUGGUAGAGAAAAUAAGCAAUGACCUGAAUGUCAACCCAAAUAUUAUACAAAAUCUACAUAAUCCUUCAUUUCCAAUUUCUGAUUCCAUUAAGGGAUCCUCUAUUUUUUUGGAUGGGGAAGAGGGUUUUUUAAUGAAAUCCAACAGUAUAUCAGAGUGAGUCUGGCAGGCUUUUUAGUUCCUGAAUUAAAUUUAAUAGAACCAUGGCAGUGCUGCUGACUUUGAUAUGUAUGACUCAGUCUUUCAAUAUGUGGUUUUCAAAGUAUCGUUGAAGAUGUGACUUCAUAGCAAUACAUAAAGAAUAUAUGAAAAUCAGCAGAUUGUUGGACAUUGCAAAAUCCAUUUUUUACCUCUUCCUACAAUUUCACAUUUUGCAGGAACUUGGUCUUCUUUGCAAAGAUAUCAGAAUUUGAAACCAGAAAGUUCAGCUACCAACGAAGAAUAAAAAUUAGCAGAAGUUCUGAUAUCACCAUAAAACAUUACUUCACAUUGAGAAAUUACAUUUAAGAUAGUCAUUAUACACAAAGGAGAAAAAUAUAACUUUCUCUGCAAGUUCUGUAUAUACUUGUAUAUAUAUAGAAAAAAUCUGAAUGACUAGUAGAUUUCAUAUGACCAUUGUUAUUUCCAGUCAAAAAGUGGGAAACACUUUCUCCAAUACCUACCUGUAUUUUAUGCUACAUGUAAUAGAAUUGUACCUUUUAUUAUUUAGUAAUUACUAUAAUAUGUUCCUACACUUUUUAUUUGCAAGGUGAUAACAUGAUUUCAUGGCAUUUCUAGCAAUAUAUCUCCAUGAGAUAUGCACUUUGUUUCAUAUUGAAAAGUAUAAAAUUUAUCUUUUAAUUCUGUGUGUGUAUCCUAUGGUUAUCUGUAUGUAUUAUUUU